AUGCAUAGCGGGACAAAGUAUAUUGGAGGGCACUCGGAUAUGCUUUGCGGAGUUCUCAGCUUGUGUCCUGCUAUCGAGGCAACAGAAAGCUGGAGUGACAAAUUAAGAGGUGAACGUGUUUUCCUUGGCAGCGUUAUGGCAAGUCUUGAGGGCUGGCUAGGCGUGUGGAGUGUCCGAACGCUUGAACUCUGCAUGGAGAGACAAGCAAGGAGCGCUGGGUCCUUGAUAAACAGGUUCCCUACGUCUGCCAAAGAGCCGGGACCCGUCGGAGAAGUAGUAGCCCAAGUCCGACAUGCGAGUCUCCAGCCAAAGACCAAGGGCGAAUCUUCGUGGCUGCGGAAACAGAUCCCAACGGUUAUGGUGGUGCCUUCGCACUCGCGAUAA